GCUCAGUCUGUGUAUAUGGUUCUGUUUUCUUCCUUUGAGAAGACAUCUGAGCUCAAAUGUUUAUUUUCUGCAGGUCUGUCAGGAUGGCUCGCGUUUUCAGAUUCUCAGCUCUGGCUCUGCUGUUUCUGUCUGCCUACUGUUUGGCUGAUAAUCAGGGAGAGGAAAUUCCUGAGGAUCUUUCUGUCUCUGAACUUCUGGAAAGAGCCAACAGUCAUCUGACUCGUUUUGACAAUGAGCCUGAACUGAUCGAAGGAGACAUCGCCAUUCCCAGUGAAGCUGAGAAAAACGCUGACCCUUGCACCAGCCGCGGCUGCAAAUGGGGAAAGUACACUGACGGAAAGGUCUACAUUCCUUACUACAUCACCAACCACUUCUCCUCUCGCGAAAAGUCCAUCAUCACCCGUGGACUGGAGUCCUUCACCUCCUUCUCCUGCAUCCGCUUCAGGCCCAGCAGAAGCUCUGACCGUGACUGGCUCCAGAUUGAGUCUCAGAAUGGCUGCUGGUCUUACGUUGGCCGUCGUGGUGGUAAGCAGGUGGUGUCCCUGGCCCGUUCAGGAUGUCUUUACCACGGCACUGUCCAGCAUGAGCUGCUCCACGCUCUGGGAUUCAACCACGAGCAGACCCGCUCUGACAGAGACAACCACAUCAGAGUCCUGCUGCACAACGUUGUGUCUGGAAUGGAGCACAACUUCAACAAGAUCGCCACCCUCAACCAGGGAACUCCCUACGACUACAACUCUGUGAUGCAGUACCACAGGACUGCCUUCUCUAAGAACGGCCAGCCCACCAUGGUCCCCAUCCCUAAUGCCAACGUGUCCUUUGGCACUGCUAGGGAGAUGAGCCGCAACGAUAUCGCCAGGCUCAACACUCUCUACAAGUGCUGAACCAGUCUAGAGAUCUGACAUUGUCCUCGUGACUUUCAAGGUUUUCUAGUCUAAUAAAGUUAUUUAGAUCCAGCAG